AUGCGCCUUUACAACAUGUACGUUAGACCUGGUCUGGAAUACGGUUCGUUUUUAUUUAGCCUCAUGCGUGCUACUGAGCGGAAGAAAAUAGAAUCCGUUCAACACUUUUUUACCAAGAGAAUUUUAGCCGCGGAACACCGACAUAUGUCUUACCAAGAACGUUGCCGUCUUACGGGCCUUGAUCCUUUAUGGUUCCGUAGAUUACAAAAGGGACUAUUUUUGCUAUUUAAACUCGUAUAUAAUCACACAUUUAACCCACUCACUUCUUUAAGACAUUAUAUCUACCCACGACGUAACAGUCACCGUGAGGUCAUCUUAUUUCUGCCUCUGGCACGUACUGUUAAAUAUCGUCGGUUCUAUUCUGUAAAUGCAAUUGCUAAUUGGAAUAAACUACCAAUGAGUGUGAAAACUCUGCAAAAUUAUCCUUUGUUUAAGAGAACUAUUACUCUAUUUUUGCAUUCAGAAAAGCUUCCUCAAAUCUUGGGUUCUGAAUCCACUGAUCGACUCCACCGUAGCGAUGGCGUUUAUGGUCUCUGAACACUAUGGCCGGACUCGUCAGGGACAAUUUCUUUGGCCAACAGCGACAACUGUUCUUCGCGCCUCCAUUUUGACUAUUCCGAACUUCAUGAAAGAAAUUGGUGUCUGAUAAUCUCCGAUACCAUGCAACCCCUCCCUUUUUGACGAUCAAAAUACUGCCGCCAGCAGUUUUUUUUUCUCCUGAAUCCUCACAACCGUAAAAACCAUCAAUUAUAUUUUUAUUCCUUUUCCAAAGGAGUUUUUUCACUGCUGGUCUCAUUUGUGUUUAACGCAUCCCUGACAAUGCCUGUAAACUAGCACUAAAUAUAACUAUUAUUAUUAUUAUUGUCAUUAUCAUUAUAAAUAGGUCAGGUCAAAAGAAAAUUUUUCUGGCCGAAGGCCGUCCUCCUGGCAGUUUAACCAAUGUACAUAAAAUAUCGGGCGUCAUUUCGAGAGCAAUGGCUCUGAUUUCGGCCAUCUUGUUUAUAACAGAUAUGGCAUUCAAAAAUAUAAUAUCUGGUGCAUUUCGAUCAGCAGGCUAUUGUCGACGGUAUUAAAAGAAAAAAAAUGGAAGCGGAUAUUUAGACUCUGAAUUAAUUAUGCUUGGAGAAUAAGUACCAGUUAGUCUAUAGUUAUUGACAUAGGCGAAGUCAGCAAGAGAAGGCUGGGCAGGAGACCCAAAAAUUGCGGGGAUAAAUUUUUCGAGUAUUUCAAUGCCGGAGGAGUUAGAACAGGGAUAGGCUUGUUGGUAGUUAAGUUGUGGAGGAGGAAGAAGAAGAAGAAGACGAGGAGGAAGAAGAAGAAGAAGAAGAAGAAGAGGAGGAGGAGGAGGAGGAGGAGGAGGAGGAGGAGGAGGAGGAGAAGGGGAAGUAUAAAUGGGCGGCACAGGCUGAUGGGGGGAGGGACAGGCAGCAAUAG